AUGACGGGUGUGAUCCCGAUCCGCUACCUUCUGGCGGUGUUGAACUCCCUCGGGCAUGCCAUCAUCUACGGACUCAGGGUGAACCUGAGUGUGGCCAUCGUGGCGAUGGUAAACUACACGGCCGUGACCCGAGCGACGGCCGAAGCGGAUCGCAACGCGACCGAAUGCGGCCACGUCGACGUCACCGUCGAGACUCCCCCCGAGGCGCGUCGACGCACGGCUUUCAACCGGGGACUUUCGACCUCGCUCGACGGGCCUCUCGAGUGGGACUCGCGCGUUCAAGGCUACAUCCUGGGAGCCUACUUCUGGGGCUACAUCGUCGCGCAGAUCCCGGGAGGACGGCUGUCGGAGGCUUUCAGCGCCAAGCACCUCUUCGGAUUCGGAGUGAUGCUGAACGUGGUGGGCACGGUGCUUUCGCCUGUUGCUUCCAAAAGCGGCUAUCCGUGGCUCAUUCUGCUUCGAAUCAUCAAAGGAUUUGGAGGGGGCGUGACGGUGCCAGCCACUCAUGUUCUCUUGGCGCAUUGGUCUCCACCCGUCGAAAGAUCCACUCUCGCCUCUAUCGUCUACUCUGGGGUGUCCCUGGGAACGGUGCUGUCCCUGACGCUCUCAGGCGCAAUGGCGUCCGAACUGGGCUGGGAAUCCGUGUUCUACUUCCAGGGGGGCCUCGGAGUCGUCUGGUACGCCUUGUGGCUGCUGCUCGUCACCGAUCACCCGCGGACUCACCCGUUCAUUUCCGACCGCGAGAGGGAAUUCAUCCAAGAGUCCCUUGGGAAAGCCACGGGUGGCGUUGGCACU